GAAACGCAGCCGAUCCGCGACAAUGGAUGUAAACAAGAAUUCGAUUUGAACGGUGUCGUAACGUAAAUAAUUACAACUGUCAUCGUUUGUGGGUCACGCGGAGUGCAGCGAAGCGGACGUGCCGGCCGCACAUCAAGUUGUGAAAGAACGCGUGAGAUGUAAAUCACCUUUCUGGACCGCUGUUUUAACGUGAACGCUCCGCACGAGAAGUGACGCGCAUAUUUGCGCGUUCUAACCUGCAAACUCCUCCGUUGUCGACGACAGACGCUAAAGCGAUGAGUAUCGUGGUGGGACAGGUAUGUCCAGUUUCUGCUUGACUGUCGCUCACCACGUACACGCCGACCAGCGAGGAGCAUCCGUGGCACGACGACGAGCGGCGGCGGACGCGCGGGCAGACGAAACUCGGGUAUGAGAGGCGCCAAAGGGUACGAGAGAAUGUAUCGUAGGUCGCCGUUAGUAGCAAUAGUAAUAGUAGUAGUAGUAGUAGUAUGGAAUACGACUCAGAAUCUAGUUGCGAGGGCAGACGUUGUCUAAAAGACAACCUCGAGAAGACUUCAGUGACGCGCGAAGGAUGCGACCGACGCGACGACGACGCCCCGUCGCCGUCGGCGUUGCCAAUCGAGUUGCCGCUCAGGUUCAGGUCGCGUCACCUCGGCGCCAAGAAGAGCCUCUCCGCGCAGGUGAUGGAAUAUUAUCGCAAAUAUGCCCGGGACACCACUCUAGAUCAAUACUUCUCGCUACCAGUGUCAACUAUUCCACAGGAAGCCGUUAAGUACUAUUACAGCGUGUACGAGCUGAGCGCCCAAGUGGGCAACGGCUCGUUCAACAACAGGCAGGACUGCGUCGGCGAGGAGUACGAUCUCAAGUCCUGCGCGGCGCCGAAGGAGAGGCGCAGGUGGGUAAGGCCCCCGUUGAUCGGACAGUCCUCCUCCAGCGCGGAUGCCUCGUCCAGGUUCAAUGUUCAACCGUUGACUGAUCUCCAGACGCCGCCGUCGCCUCCUGAUCUCAAGCGCGCCACACCGGAGACGAUACACGAGGAGAGGAGCGAGACAAGUCAGGACAAGUCGUUUCUGAACGACGCAAGCGAUCGAAAGUUGACUUCCUCGCCAACCUCUAGCGUGGCGUCGUACAAGCCACUGGAGUGGGACAGCGGUGCGGACGUCGGCUACUUCAACUCGAUUGCUCACAGCAAGCAAGACGACAAGAGCAGAUUGAGCACGAUAGAACGCAUGGCCCUGGCGCGAGGAUGCUCCGCCGCUUUACGGUUAGACCCGGAGGGCACCACCGAGUCCGGUAUGCAAUCCGGUAAGAAUGCUGCGACGGCGCAGAGCGGCGGCUCGAAAUCGUCGACCGUGCCCGACGCAAACUCCACGCCGUUGAUCGGAAAUAUCUCUCCGGGAUCGGAAAGCGAAAUAGAGAUAACGCCUAUCGUCAAGAAUCAUCUGCCGGGCAUCAUAACGGGGGAUGACAUAAAGUCACAGGAGAGAUGCGCAACCUCGAACGAGCCCGUGAAAGCCGUGGUGAGGCCCACCAGACUCGAGAUACAUGACAUUACCCCCACGUCGUCGUCCGCGUUCAAGGUACCACCACCCAAAUAUUCGACGGAGGGGAGAAGGAGCGCGAGUAAACGCGCAAAGGAGAUAGCACGUCCGUCGAGUUCGCCGCUGCAGAAGAGCACCUCGAUGAACAUGAUACCACUAUCAGCGCAGUCCUCGAAAUCCACGUCGUUGAAGAGGAGUCAGAGCGAGGUGAAUCUGCACGUUAAGGAGAGAAAGCCUAUAUUCCCGCUCAUCUUCAACUCCUCAUCCUCGAUCGCCACGGUGGUGAACAAACCCGCCACCUGCGACAAGGUGAUACAAACGAGUCCCGAUGUGUGCACUCAGGAAUCCGUCGGCGUGCAGGUCUCCGAUCUCGAGGAGUACAAACCGCCUCCGUCAGUGGAAAAGGAAGAUCUCAAUUUGCAAACGGCGAUACAUUCAAUUUUGAAGAGGUCUAAGGAUACAUACAAGGUUAAAAAUCCAAGAAGAUGCGGCGACGCCUCGUGCUCGAUGGACGAUGCCGAGGUCGUCGUCGGCGUCGCGGACGCCGACGCGAAGGAGAGCCAAGAACAGCGUCAAAACAGCUCGGACGUCUCGCGAAAUGCGUCGACCUCGGCGACGCCGCAGCCUGACGAGACGGAGAACGUGUCCGGGCGAGCCAACAGUUUUGAAUACUUCCCGGGACACGCCUACGCGCCAAACUUGCCAAACGAGAGGGACAGCCACGGAGCUUCCUCUGACACCGCUAGUAGAUCGAACUCCACCCUACCGAACAGCAGUUCCAGCGUAAAUGACAAGCUCUGGGGAGACUCGGACAGCCUGGUCCGGGAUCUGGAGAGGAGCGUUAAUAUCCUGAAGAGUCUCGUCGAUGCGAACAAAUGCGACAAGCAAGUCAAGAAGAGACUGAUACAGCACGUGAUCAAGCGGCUCGUGACUGCCAAGUACACGGACGACAAGAUUGAGCACAACUUGGAGGACAACGUUCCUUGGAAUCCGGACGACGCUAGGAACAAGGUUUAUCGGGCCGAGCUGCUUCAGGCAUUGGCGAACAAGCACAGCACUACUGAGUCCUCGGACGAGUGGAACCUGCGAAAGAAGGAUGCGUCCGUGGGACAGAAGUCCAUGGGUGAAACCGCCAGCGAUGUCAUAAAGGAGGUCGCUUUAGGGAGCAGUAACAGCGAAAAAUUCGACCGACAUACGGACAGAACCGAGAUGGACGGCAGAAAGGCGCGGCUGGGAUUAAGAACUGACGAUUGUCGACAGACCAGCAAUACGCUGACGGAUCCCGACAAAAGCGAAAGCUCGGAAUGCUUCGUGCCACAGCGCAAUCACAAGAGCGCUAAGGUAAACGACAUAUUUUGCUUCAAGGAAAACUGUAAGCACAGGGAAUCGACGACGACGAACAGUAUACCACCAGAUCACAACAGGAUCUUACUAGAUGCCGUCGUGAACAACCGAAGAACGCCAGUCGAGUCCAACAACAACACGGACAAUAACACCGACUGGCGAUUACCGACAACGUCGUCCGAGAGGCGGUUCGAGUUGAAGAAGUGUAGCAUGUCUGAAUCCGGUGACUCCAAACUGGUUAAUUACGCCGAGAUGGAAAAGAGAAAUCAACUGAUUUGGAUUACAAACGAGAUUAGUCAUCUUUGUAAUUUGAAAAAAUUACUGGAACAGCCCAGGCGAUUAGAAAGACCGAAAUCCUCGCCAAGAAAAUCUAAAUCAGCGAAUCUCAAAUCGAAGCAAGCAGCGAUACUUAGGCGGGACCAACACACGGAUGCCUUGCACGGCAGUGUAUCCGACUUGCAAGAGGAUUCCGUUAAUGAGCCAUGGUCAUCUCACUGCAACUUGGCGGUAUGCGAAGCUGCUGGUGACACUGUAAUUCAGAGGAUCAUGAAACGUAACAGUUGCACGCAAACGGCCACAGGCGUAUGUAGCGCUUACUCGAAAACCGGCGGGGAGAUCGUGUCUGCCACGAGAACGCGAAGGACCGCUACGAAGAACGUUACUGUCGGUGUGCAGACGCUACUCUCUCUAAGAAGAAAAGCGUCAUCUUCGACACCGGUGACGGCGGAAUCAGACGUGUACGACAACACGACGAAAUAUGCGAAUCCCCAAAAGUCGUGCACGCAUUACCAAAACAGCACCAGGUGCAGAGAUCAAUCGUGCCAGACGCACACCGAUUCGAUCGUGCAACGUACGUCGUGUACACGUUGUAAACAGAGUCCGUCAUCCGAGAAGGCUUUGAUAAGAUCGCGAAAGGGUCAUCAAGGGACGGACGCAUCGGCCAUCUCGCAGCAGACGCAGACAAACUAUGCGAGCGACAACAGCACGGCAAUAGAUCCUGUUCGUCGCCGUAUGUCGCAAAACGACGCCAUCCAGCCGAAACCGAAGGAAGCUAAGAAUCAAAUCAACGCGUCAAAAUCAAAAUGCAAUUGCACAUGUGGCGUUUAUUUGUCGUCUGUCGCCGAUAACAAGGACGAUUCGAGCGCCGCCGUUAAAACCAACAAACGGACCGAAUGUUACAAACGGCCGUUUACGACAUGUUCAUUGUGUUUUAAACAGAAGCUUGCUGAGGACGUUGAUGAUGCUAUCUGCGGCGUGUGUCAGAAGAAUAAUUCUUGCACGCAUAAUAAUCACAUCUCGGAGGUUGAACAGAACUGCGAGAAUGCGUGCGAAUGUGACAAUGUCUCUGUUAACGACGCGGAUAGAAGGAUCGUCAUUGGCAAGUCCCGACAGAACUACAACGCGGCGGAAAGCCAGGGCAGAAUGCGCGCGUUAAACUGCAGCGAGCAGAAUGACACGGCGAAGAUCAUUUGUAAUUGCGCGAACGAUUGUGCUACGUGCCAUAAUUCGGGAACACAGUUGUGCGAAUGCUGUUCGAGCGGUAAAAUUGACACUAACGAUUCGUCCUGCCGUUUUGAGUGUCGUCUAAAGACAGUGGAGCGCCAACCGCAAAUCUACUCCAAUAGUUCGCAGAAUAGCAACAAUAUCAACAAUCGACAACGAAAAGUACAAAGUAAUAGCUUAAAAUGCAAUUGUGAUGAGGCUUGCUCUUGUAAUAAUAGUCAAGCAAAGGACACUGUCAAAGGGAAAACGUGCAAGAGUUACACGUCAAAACCAAAUUACGUAGACAAUACCAGUAUUAAUAGGACUGAGAGAAAUUACAAACAUUGUCGCGCGUGUGGUGCCAUGUAUCAAAAUACCAGGAAAUGUGGCUGUCGUCAAACGUACCCCAAAGCUAUCGCGUACGAAUUAUCGUUUACGAAGGAAAACAUCUCAAAGAAUGAAAUCUCCGAUACUGCGACGCCGAAAGUCUCCAAGCAAUCAUUGAACGCGGCAAAAUCGGAUGCCUGUCCUUGCGACAUUAUAAAACGAAAUAAUUCCAACAAAAAUCUUCAUCAAACGAGUACACUGCAGGAUUAUUUAUCUAGAAAUAAUCCCGAGUUUGUGGGUAAUGCAGAAACACGUCGGCAGUAUUUGUCAGAAAUAUGCCAGUUACGAGAAUGGAGGAAAGAGAAACGAAUACAAUUAUUGGCGAUGGCUAGUAUGUCCAACGUUAUUAAAUCUGCACCAAUACGAAAGCCAACAGUUUACAUGCAACGAAAAAUUACUGAUGAAGAGAUGAAGGAAAGAUCACGUAAACGGUAUCUCCGAUUAAAUGAAGUGCGAUUCAAACGGCGACAACAAGAACGGCAAGAGGAAGCACGUCGAAAUAAACUCAUGGCGAAGAUCUUUUGCAAGAGAUUGCAGCAAAAAGUAUUAAGGGGCCAAGUAGAUUUAUCUCAAAGCGUUAGCGUUAUAUCUAAUUUGUAGAAUUAUUAACGCCUACUUGUGUAUGCCGUUCCAUUUUUGCAAAUACCCAUGAUAGGAGCUAUCUCACGGAUUUUAUGGAAAUUUUCUUAUUACUUCUUACAGCAGAAUUAAAAUUUUUUUAAAAAUACAUAAGAUAUAAUAAUUUUAUAAUUCUUAUAAAAGAAUAUUGUCAAAAUUUAUUUCGAGAAACGUAAUGAUGAAAAACUAAUAUUAUUUGUUUCAGAAAUAUUUAAUAAAAUUAUUUUUUAUAACAAAUUAGAGCAAACGACAAAAUUAAACAAAUAUCAACAAAGUCUAUGAGAUAGUUCUUAAUGUCAUACACACUUACCUUUUUACAAACGCGUAUCUUUAAGUGAAAAAGUUCUAAAGUAUUCUAUUUCUUGAAAAGAGAGAUAUACACGUUUUACACUUAGAAGUAUUAUCUCAGGUAGUUGCAUUAAAAUUUGUAUUACGAUGUUUUUUUUUUUUAUAGUAAAAUUGCAUAAUAGAAUUUGAAUUUAUGAUCUAUUUAUGACGAUCAAAUAUGUAUUACAAAUAAUGAAGGAUUUGAUCUGUUCUACUUAAUUUGCAAAAGUUACUCGUGUACUUUAAGUUUAUUUUUACGAGUGCAGAGAUGACAUGACUAAAUAGUACAAAAGGAUAUUGAAUCUUUUUUAUAUACGUUUUAUCUACUUUACAUACAUUAUAGUUACAAGAACACAUUCUUUAGGUCUUUUAGGACAAUGAUCUGUAUGUUUCAGCUUCCGUUUCUUAUCAGAUUAAUAUCGGUAUAAUUUCGCUGACUUCAUAUUUAAGUAUGAAAUACAUUUCUUAUCUGUAAUCAAUAAAUGAAACAUGCUAAAAUAGUUCUUCGCAUGCGGAUGAAGUCAAAAAUUGAAUUUAGCAAAAACAUACCGGUAUUAAUUGUUGAUAAAAAUAUAACAGUAAUUUACGUUUGUACACAUACAGUAUAACAAAAUUAUUUUCACGUAGUGAAACAUAUCGUUGAAACAUACCAUUGAUCAUAAAAACUGAAUGCUUUAAAAUAAGAAAUAUAAUUAAAUAUCUAUAUACGUAGUACCUGAAUCUUGUAGUAUAGCAUUUUUUUAUUACAUAUGAAACGUGCUAAUAAAUUCUUAAAUAUAUAUAUAUAUACUUUAAAAAAA